CAAACAUUUAGCAGCAUAGCUGUUAGAAUGAUGUUAAAGAACGAUAUGGAAUGUCUUUUACAUGCGUGUACUUUCUUUAAUUUGACGUAUCGUUAAAAUGACAUUUGAAAAAAAAGAAAGAAAGAAAGUAGAAAGAAAAAAGUAAUUGUAAAUGGUGAGUGUCAAUGGGGUUAACUAAAGGAAAAUAAUUCUCCGAUAGAGAGUAAUCGUUCAUAAAAUAAAUGGCAUCCGAUAAAACUUUUCUUCGCGGGAGGUUUGGAAAAAAAGAACAAGAAGAACACAGGUGUCUCUUUUUUCCUUCGUAACUUUUAGUUUGAAUGUUUACAUAAAUGGGAUAUUGCGCGAAACACAAGUGCGAGAAAUAAAAAAAAAAAUUAAAUAAAAUCUUAUGUUGGUCUUAGGCCCAGUGGGGUUACGUCGACGCAUGCGCUGUGACGUUAGUCGAUAGGAACAUAACUAGCGGCACAGGUCUCGGAGUCGACGUCUUAACCUCAAAAUAAAUAUUCGUUCUCCUUAGUUUUAUUACUUCGAGACGUCGGCGUAAAUCAUUGUUGAAAAGUGCAGAGGAAAGAUUUUAUGGCUCGUCGUAUAGAAGAUUACGUACGUUUGGAAGAUGGGUCAUGGAUCAAGUCGUUCUGCUUCAUCUGCAAAUAUUCUAUCUGCAGACGAAUUAACAUUAGUGGACAAUAUUUUUAAAUCAAUGUCCAGAAGUUCGGGUUCUAUAAAACGUGAAGAUAUUUUUAAACAUUGGUCGAUGCACUUGGAUGACGUGCUUUUGCAAUUUGUCGUAAAAUUUCUUUGCCAUGAACCUGGCAAAAAGGUCUCCGCUAUAAAUGGAGAAAAUUUUGGUCGUUUAUAUGUUUUUGCGGUACGUGGAAGCGCAGCAGAACGUACUGAUUUGAUAUUUGAAGGAUUUUCCGAAGAGGAACAGAAAUUUGAAAUACCUACUGCCACGUUUCUUCAAUAUAUUCAAGCCACUAUUAAUUCUUAUUUAAGGCUGCAAAAAAAUGCUGCUAACUCGCAUUAUCUUUCAUGGAGUAAUAUUGGUUGUACUGUGAAUAAUAGACGUAUAAAUAUGCGUUCGCGAAGUCUGUGCGAAGAUAUUGUUAAAUAUGGUGAUGUGUUGACGGUCGAUCAAGUAGAAAAUUGGUUUGCUGCUGCUGCUACGUUUAAAACUAUUCAAUCACACGUUUUUCAGUGCCUUUUUCUAGUUUCUCAGAAGAAAGGAGAUAAGAAUACGAGUGCACGUAUUAAUGAUUUAAAUCUUUUACCUAUUUGUAAAGGUUUGGAAAAUAUUCCUCACUUUCCAAGUAUUCUGGGGCUUGGCGACGUUUUGUUCCUAAAUCUGAGUUUACCUCAUGAACUCCGCAAAGAAUGGAGAUUUUUAUUUUCGAGUCAAGUACAUGGAGAAUCAUUUACCACCAUGCUAGGAAGAAUAACUAUGCAAGGUGCAACAAUUAUUAUAUUACAAGACACCGAUGAUCAUGUCUUUGGUGGUUUUGCACCAGACAGUUGGAGAUUGGGACCAACUUUUAUAGGAAAUCAAGGCUGCUUCCUAUUCAAACUCGAGCCAGAUAUUUUAACAUUUUCUUCAACAGGUUACAAUAAUCAUUAUCAAUACUUGAAUCUUUACCAACAAACUAUGCCUAAUGGUUUGCUUAUGGGUGGACAAUUAAAUUAUCCAGGAUUAUGGUUAGAUUCUGAGUAUGGAACCGGUAAAUCAAGUAUAUCGUGCUCAACAUUUCAAAAUUAUUUGCAAUUAAGUGGUAAAGAAAAUUUUAGAAUCAAGCAUUGUGAAGUCUGGGGUGUUGGUCCAAUACCAACUGUAGAAGAAAAUAUACGAGAAAAUAAAUCUGUCUUAGAUCAAGAUCCUGCAGCUAAAGUAAUGAUGGAACUUCAAGGACGUAAAAUGUAUAGCGAAGGAAUCAGGGACAAAAAAGACUAAUAUCACGCUUAAAUAUUUAAAGAUUAUUGUAUAAGACUCAUGUUACUAUUACUUAUAUUGUAUGAUCGUCAUUGAAAUAUUUCAAUUCUAAUCGAAAUUUAUUAAGAAUUAAGUUAUUGAGAUUAUAUAUGUAUAUAUACAUAUGUAUGCAUAUAUAUAUAAUAUAUAUAACAAAAGAGAGAACUCUCUGGAUAUACAUAAAAGCAAAAAAAUAAAAUCUAAUAUAUUGAAUAUUUAGUUUUAUAUUUUACCGACGAACAAUUUUAAUAGCGAAUUAAUUUAAGAAUGCAAAAAAAGAUCUACAUUUUAUAGAUCCUAUUAUAUAUAUAUGUAUAUAUUAUAUAUACAUAUAUAUGAUAAUGAAUCAGAAAUUCUUGUUAGCGGCAACAGUUUAUGGAGAAUUUUAAUCAAAUUAAAUUAAUUAUUAGAUUGAUUAGUAAUCGUUUUUUGUCUAUUACAUCUAUAUUAUAUAUUAUCUAUACGUAUGAAUGUUCGAACGAUAUAAUGGUUAUACAUUAUAUAUGUUACCAUGUUAGAUUAAUUUAUAGAUUUUUUUUUUCUUUAUUGUUAAUUAUUUUACCGAGUGUAUAACAAAGUAUCGGCAUCAGACGGCCUGAUCUCUUUUAAUAUACGUAUAUACAUAUAUAAUAUAUUUCCUACACACACACACACACAGAUAAAUAUAUAUAUAUAUAUAUAUAUAUACAUAUAUAUCAUUCAAAUAUUGUAUAAUAUGUAUAUUAAACAUUGCGUCUUGAUAUUGAAAGAUGUCAUAGAAUAUGCAGUGUAAUCUACAUGCCUAUCAUAUAGUGCCUGAUCGUUUGAAAUCAAUGAUCACGAAGGUGUGUUUCGUAACUACUAGUCAACGUAAAGAUUUCGUCGCAAAUUGCUAUUAUAUAUGUGUAUAUAUAUAUAUAUAUAUAUAUAUAUAUAUAUACACAUAUGUUUUAAAAAUGUACAACAACAAAAAAAAAAAGAAGGAGAAACAGCUGUUUAUCGAUAUCGAAAGAUAAAUAAGAUUUAUCGCACUGUUAUUGAACGUAAUGUGAAUUCAAUAAAGUACUGAAAAAGUGUAAAGUUUUCUGUGUUCUAAUCGUCUAGCAUAUCGAUGUCUUUGCAUGUGGUAGAUAAGAAUAAAAACAAAAAAAAAAACAAGAAAAAAGAAAUUGUUUAAAUUAAAUUAAUUAAUCAAAGAGAACUCACCCGAUUGCUUAGAUUGUACGUUAGUACAAGAUUUCUGGCGAAGGAGUUUGCGAAGGCUUGAUAAAAAUCCAAAACUUCUAACAGCCGAUCACGUUUAAUAGUAUGAAGGUCACAAUAAGUUAAUGCUCUAACGUUAGCGGCGCUUUGUCCAACCGAUGGGUUAGUCCAAAAGCUGUCACCAAAGACAUCACCCUUUCCAAGAAUCGCUACUACUUCAUCGUCUUGUAUAACUUCUAGGCUUCCGGUAACGAUGAAGCAUAACGAGUCGAUAGAUUCACCUGUGUGAUAGAGCAGAUCACCAGGUGCACUGUGCGACAUUGUAAAAUGCAUUGCUAAAGCACGUAAACAUCCGUCGGAUGCCAACCUGGACAUCGAUAAUAACAUGUUAUUAAUGAUUAAUUAUCGUAAUUUGAUUUAAUCGAUAAAAAUAUUAUUAAAUGAUAUAAAUGAAAGAUGACAAUAUGCUUACCUGAAGGCAGGGUGUUCAUUGAAAACCUUCCGAUUAAGAUGUACGCAAAUAUCGGCUUUCAUAUCUUUAGGACAAUAGUUAAGCACUUUGUCCGUAUCUAGGCCCUUGGUCAUUGCCCAUGUACUUACUACAUAAUCCAUGACACGUUCGCUAAGCGCUUUAGGUACUUCAUGGAGUUUCAUGAAUUCCCGUACGUUGUUCAACAUGUCAUGAUAUUUGGCUGUGGCCGAUGUCAUUUGUUGAAUAAUAGUUGUAACGUGACCAAAAAUCGUAGCGUACAGCAAUGCUAUAUUAAGAAAUAUAUUAUCGUUAAAUGAUAUUUAUUAUCAUUAAUAUAAAUUUGUAUUAAUAAUAUUUUAUAAUCGUUAUGAAUUCGUACCAGCAAUGAUCAUCAUGCAGAUGGUAAAUAUCUUCUCGUUAUCUGUUUCUGCCGCAACGUUUCCAAAGCCGACGGAAGUCAUGCAAGUCAUCGUGAAGUAAAGAGCAGUGACAUACAUCGUGCGGCGUGAUGGUCCAGCUACUAGUUCUGGUGCAGUGCUGGCAUUGGUCCACAAGUAACUGUACGGUGACUGGGUAACAUUGGCCAACUUCCAUAGCCAUGAAUAUUGAACUCCGUUGUCAGCAUCCGAUCUUCCUAUCGAAUACCUUCAACGCAAUGACAUUUCUUACAAGAAAAUUUCAUGUAUAUUUAAACGUGUUCUAAAGGAAAUACAAUAUAAAAAAAAAAAGAUGUCAAUCUCUGAUCGAGCCAUCUACAAAAUUGAGUCAUCUAAAUCUAAAAAAUAAUGCGUCUCGCUUUUGUUUAAUAAUUAGUCUAAGAGUCGAUUUUGUCAAUUUCGAUAAGCAUGAUUCUCGCAUGCCGCUUUUAAUAUAUCUCGACGUUACGAUGUAUUAACGACGUUAAUGAUGAUGAAAAAAAUGACAAAGCACUCUCUUUAAUAUAAAUAUAUGUAUAUAAUAACAUAUAUUUAUAUAAUAACAUUAGCGAUCCCUUCAAACUCAUUAUAGCGUCAUUUUUAAUUAAUAAAAUUGUAACGUGCAAAGAGAGAGACUUGAAGCAACAUAAACUAAACGUAGCAAUAAAUUGCAAUAACAAUGCGAGUCCGUUGUGUUGUAAUCGUGUAUGUGUAUAUAUAUAUAUAUAUAUAUAUAUAUAUAUAUAUGUAUAUAUGUUUCGUAUGUGAUAUUAUAUGCAGCCAAUCGUCCUAUCAAGAGAUGUGUUACCUUGAAAGUGUGUACGCAGAGUAAAAUCACCUUAAUGUGACGUACCAGAUACAGGCCAGCCAGUGAGCAACCAACAUGUAGAAACAGAGCAGAAGAAUGAGCAUGGCGGCUCCAUAUUCCAGAUACCGAUCGAGUUUGCGAACGACCCUUCCAAGACGAAGUAAACGGACAACCUUCAAAGCGGAGAAAAGACUACCGAUACCGUCCUCAUCGUGAUCAAACGCAUUGAACACGUCGUAGGGUAGACAGCUCAGCAAAUCGAUGAUGAACCAAGACUUGAGAUAAUUCAUUCUGAUAACCUAUGAUCAAAUUUAUCGAUAUCGUUAAACGUAUCAUUGGUGUACACACACACACACAUAUAUAUAUAUAUAGAAUAUAUUGUAGAAGAAAAAAAAGUUCAAUUGGAAUUACUUUUGGAUCGGACACAACUUCACCACCAGCACCGACGAAUGUGGUAUGAAAAUUUAAUACUAUAUCGAUAAAGAAUAUUACAUCGACUAUACUGUCGAGUACCAAAAGAGAAACAUCCUCGCUGGUUUUAUUUUUGAAGGCAACGUUGUACGGAACCAUUAUGGCCGUGUAAAAGGUCAAGCACAAAAUAAUCCAAUCCCAGAUCGCUUUGAAUGCGCAAUAAUGUAACAAAAUGUGCGGUGGAGUUUUUGGUGCUUCCUGUCUGUACUGUGGCAUUACAUCUCCGCUCAAGGACAUCAUCUGUAAAUUCAUUGUAGUAAUUCGAAUUAAAUCAAUAUAGAUCAUUGA